AUGCGCGAAGUCAUCUCCGUUCACGUCGGUCAAGCCGGUGUCCAAAUCGGUAACGCCUGCUGGGAGCUUUACACCAUCGAGCAUGGUCUGAGCCCCGACGGUCGCCUGAUGGAGAACUCUGCCUCGAACGGCGACGAUGGGUUCUCUACCUUCUUCUCUGAGACUGGGUCGGGAAAGCACGUCCCUCGAUCCCUUUACGUCGACUUGGAACCGAACGUGGUCGAUGAAGUCCGUACCGGUACCUACCGAUCCCUCUUCCACCCCGAGACCCUCAUCACCGGCAAGGAAGAUGCGGCCAACAACUACGCCCGUGGUCACUACACCAUCGGCAAGGAGCUUGUCGACACGGUCCUCGAGCAGGUUCGUCGUCUCGCCGAUAACUGUUCCGGUCUCCAGGGCUUCUUUGUCUUCCACUCGUUCGGCGGUGGAACCGGGUCCGGUUUCGGUGCCCUCCUCAUGGAGCGCCUCUCUACCGACUACGGCAAGAAGUCUAAGCUUGAGUUCUCGGUCUACCCGGCGCCCAAGAUGUCAACAUCCGUCGUUGAGCCGUACAACUCGGUUUUAACUACACACACGACGCUUGAACAUUCGGACUGCUCGUUCAUGGUCGACAACGAAGCAAUUUACGAUAUUUGCCGCAGGAACCUCGGCAUUUCGUCCCCGUCCUUCACCAACCUCAACAGGCUCAUCGCCCAGGUCGUCUCCUCCAUCACCGCCUCGCUCCGGUUCGACGGCUCGCUCAACGUCGACUUGAACGAGUUCCAGACCAACUUGGUACCCUUCCCCAGGAUCCACUUCCCGCUCGCUACCUACGCGCCUGUCAUCAGCGCAGAGAAGGCCUUCCACGAGAGCAACUCGGUGGCCGAGAUGACGAUCAGCUCGUUCGAGUCCAACAACCAGCUCGUCAAGUGCGACCCCAGGACCGGCAAGUACAUGGCGUGCUGCCUGCUCUACCGUGGAGAUGUCGUGCCCAAGGACGUCAACGCUGCCGUUGCGAACAUCAAGACCAAGCGGACCAUCCAGUUCGUCGACUGGUGCCCUACCGGGUUCAAGCUCGGUAUCUGCAACGAGCCCCCCGCACUCGUCCCCGGUGGUGACCUCGCCAAGGUCUCUCGAUCCCUCUGCAUGCUGUCCAACACCACUGCUAUUGCUACCGCUUGGGCCCGGCUGGACUCCAAGUUCGAUCUCCUUUACUCGAAGCGGGCCUUUGUGCACUGGUAUGUCGGAGAGGGUAUGGAGGAGGGAGAGUUCUCGGAGGCUCGCGAGGAUCUUGCGGCGCUCGAGAAGGACUACGAGGAGGUCGGGAUGGACUCUGCGGACGGCGACGAGGAGGAGGAGGGCGAGUACUAG